AUUGGAUAUUGUAUAAUUGUAAACCGCGAUUCUUGAGCAGUUCGCUGCGUACGUUUGUUGAGGUACCUUUUCAUUAGAGUUACAAUGGAUUCCAGAGAUGAAGUUGUCUUAGCUUUAACCGAUGAUAUGGAUACUACUACAGCAUCAACAACAAAUGGACCACAUAGUCCAUCAACACGACGUAUAGCUAUGAUUGGUCAUUUCACUUUUCGUUCAUUAGCUUUAAUUAUUUAUCUAUUGUGUGCAUGGUUUACAACAUCAUUUGUCGUUCCAUUUAUAUUCAUCCUCGUGUGUUUAUCACUUGAUUUUUGGAUUGUAAAAAAUAUUUCUGGACGUAUUCUAGUUGGUUUACGUUGGUCAAGUUAUACAGACGACAAUGGUAUAGCACAUUGGCGAUAUGAUGCACGUAAACUGUCAGCGAUUGAUUCCGCAGAUGUAUCGACUUUAAGUCGACGUGAAUUAGCUGCUCGUAUGACUAGACAACACUUAUCUCGUUUAUUUUGGAUUGGUCUCAUUGUUAGUCCAGCAAUAUGGUUUAUAUUCUUUUUAGUGUCAUUAUUUUCACUGCAUAUACGUUGGGCAUUUGUAUGCGCUAUUGCAUUGUGUAUGAAUUUGGCUAAUGUUUAUGGGUAUCUUCGUUGUUGGAUGACUAAUAUGGAUGGAAGUAAUAAUACUAGUAAUACAUUAAAUAUUUUGACAAUGCUUAAAUCUACCGCUACAAGUUCAAUGUUCACGAAAUUAUCAUCGUUAUUUCAAACAACAUCUAGUAUGAAAAAAAACUUAUCCACAACUAGCAACAGUAGUAGUAGUAGCAGUGGUCUACCAUUAGUUGCCUAACCCUAACAAACAAACAAAUCUCUGCCACAUUGCUCUAUACAUAGUGUAAAAUACAAACAAAACUAACUAACUGAAAUUCAAUUUUUUUCAAUUAUUUCUUACUGUGAUAAUUUAAUUUGAACAUUGAACAUUCUGAUUGUACUUGUUGUGGUUCUUUUAUCUGUCACAUGCCCCCCAAAUUGGUGGUCACUUUAUUUAAAGUGUCACAAUCUGAUGUCAGACAAUUAGGCAGAUAAAUAGAUAAGAUAGAUAGGUAGGUGCACUUGACAAAAGAAAACGGGGGAAAUAUGCUUUUUUCUAUCGUUUUUUAACAUUGUUCCUAACAAUAUAAAUAAUUUUUCUAUUGAUUGGUUGCAAUCUGUGUAUUCAAUUCAAUUCUUUCUUCCUCCUUUCUCCUUUUUUCAUUUAUCAUGAUGUCUGUCAUUGAUUGAUUGUAUUUUUAUCUUAAAUUACUAAUAUUAAUUGAGCGAAAAAUAAACAAACUAUGUUUUAUGUUUUAUGCAUAAUUUUGAACAAUAAUUCACUCUGUCCUACUAUUUUUACGGAUAAGAAAUAUGGCCCGUUAAAGCAGUAGAGAGGACUUUUGGUAGGUAGG